GGUCUAUCGUGCAGAAACCCGAGAACGUGGAGACAUAAAUCUCUUUUGAUAUCCAGCCAUGGACCCGGUGACAGCUGUUGCGUCCGCCGGCAACUUGCUGCAAUUCGGUCAGUUCGUCGUCGGCCUCUUCAACGACGCCCGGAAACUACACGCAUCCGCCACAGGGUCCAGGAGCAACAACAACCACAUCCAAGAUGUCUGCGGGAUCCUCAUCAACUUCGACAGGCAGUUCCAGCAACCCCAGUCGACUCCGUCUACGAAAACCGAUAGGGUCACGUAUAAAAACGGCCAAAAGCUCGCAGAGUUCGCGGCAAGCUGUAAAGUUUAGGGCUCGGUUUGCCGAACGCCAACAAGCAAUGACUCUCUUGCUGUGCGCAGCAUCGACCGAGAGCAUAAUAGGUCUUGAAAUUUUGGUACGAGAUCU